UUGACACAUCUUUCAGUAUGUGUUACUAAUCCCCAGACCCCGCAUUCACUAUAUCUAGUCUCUCCAGACCCUGCAUUCACUAUAUCUAGUCUCUCCAGACCCUGCAUUCACUAUAUCUGGUCUCUCCAGACCCUGCAUUCACUAUAUCUGGUCUCCACGGACCCUGCAUUCACUAUAUCUGGUCUCCCCGGACCCCGCAUUCACUAUAUCUGGUCUCCCACAGUACACACAACAUGGAAAUGCAAAUAUUUUAGCAAAUAUAAACUGCUA